AUGCUGGGGGGACAUGAUGUUAAGCGGCUCAUGAGGUCACUGUACUCGGCCGACGAGCAAGAUGAGUUUGGAACAGAGGAAGACGCAACAAAACUGCUGCCACUCCCGCUACCAAGCGCCAUGGAUGGCCGCCCGGCUGCGUCGAAGAGUCCCUUCUUUACCCUGCCACCAGAGAUUCUCGGAGAAAUCAUGAAUCUACUGGUGGAUGACAGAGCUGCACUGUCUGCCAUGGCUUUGGUCAACAGCGACUGCAGACAGUUGGCUCGUUGCUGUCAAUCAAACCAGCUCCGAUCCCAUCUCAUGAGGGAGGCACAUGCCAGACAAAAUCAUGAUACACCAGGCACGAUUAUCCGCCCGCCCUUCAUUGGAUCCUGUAUCCGCAGAGUGACGGUUCGUUCCGACCACGACUUCGUCGCUCAUGAACACAACGAUCUCUACGAGUCCAUUUGGGGUGAUACAGCCAUGACCGUCACCUCUCAGGAGCGUGAUGAACUGCGCAAGGCAGCUACAGAAUACUACUUUGGAACACACUACGCUUCUAUUCUGGCUGCCAUGAGUGCAAUGCCCAAUCUGGAGACAGUUUCAUGGUACGAUAGGAUGUGUCUUGACAGCAAUUUCUUCAAAUGUGUUACGAAUUUGCCUCUACGCCAUCUCAAGAUUUGCAAGGCGUACAUCGGCGACCCAUAUUGCCUUGACUCCCUGGGAUCGUCUGCCAUGUUACUGGAAACACUUUAUCUGGACAUCUCUGCAUGCUAUGACAAGGUCCACGCAGACGAGGAGCUCUACGAAGAUGAGAGCCUUGGUGAAGACGAGGACGUCGACGAAGAAGAGGAGCUUGACGAAGAUGACGAGCUCCGCGAAGAUAACGGUUCUUUUGAUGGCGACGAACUCUACGAAGACGACGACAUGGAUUGGGAAAGCAAAGACUUGGUACCCUUUAUGGAGACUCUCCUGCAGCGUUGCAGUGCGACUCUCGAGCGUUUGACCUUGCGAUGCACGGAUUCUUCGCCCUACCAAUCUCUCACGUUCGGCCAUGAGCCGGUAGUUUUUGACCAGCUCCAGUAUCUUGAUCUAUCCGGCUGCUUUGACGAUUUCGACACUGUUGCCUGGCGCUCACUCCUCUCUGCGCCGCUAAGGCACCUUGCGUUACCUGGCAGGAUCUCAAAAUCCUUGAUACAAUCCAUUCAUGGCUGCCAGCCUAUGCGCCACCUCGAGACGCUGGUUUUGUCGUGUUUUGGCUAUGUGGGUGCGACAGAGGCGCCUCCGAUUUUAGAUCUCAUUUCGUGUCAUCCUCAUGUUCGCAAACUUUCCGUGCAAAGCGGCGAGCCACAGCUCAUGGACCGUUUCCUUGUUCCGCUCCUUUCGAGUGGGAGAUAUACGAAGCUCACUUCCCUCUCACUAGGAUGGCGUGGGCCGGGCCUUGCAAGGGAGACAUCGCCAAACAUUGCUACCAUUUCCGCGAAAUCCCUAGCCGCCAUUGGCAGUAUCAAGUCGCUGGAGCAGCUGUGUCUCACUGCCGGAGACAUCUACAGUGAUCGCCAUCAAUGGCUAAUCGACCACGACAUGGUGCGGUCGAACCUCCGAGGACUGGCAAAGCUCAAGAGACUCGCAUUUUCACGAGAUACUUACCGUAAACCAGGCGCUUCCGAGGCUGCUGUUGAAGGCUACUACGAUCAUCAGUUCAUAACAUCGAGUGACUAUGUCACUGCUAUGCAGCGGCCAUACCUUGACCGCCCCCCAUCAACUUUGCGUACGGAUGAGGGAUCGACUGACGACGAUAUAGAGUUCUAUUAUUCCCGGUUCAGCGAUGUUCGGAUCUGGGAAUGUGCUCAUCGUAACCGCAUGCUUCGGGAAGCAGAACGAUACUCACGCGCGUUGCCUUCUCUGGAGUGGAUCUACUGCGGGCAGCGGCCUAUGGGUUUUCGAGAUGUGCAGACAACGAAGGGCAGACGUCGCAUUGCGGUUCCUCUGACUAGGCGGAGAGACUCUGGCUCUACACUUCUGGGGCGCAUGUUCGCAAUGGGCGGAGAUGGGGGCGAAGAUGAUAAUGAGGAUGACUUCUAG